AUGGAGUCGGAUGAUAUUGCCGAAAAGGGCAACCGUGUUGUUAUGUAUGGUCGCUAUCAACGCGACCUAAGUGAAGCGGCUAGAGAAGAAGCAAGACGACUUAGACGAUUACGAAAGAAGAGAAGAAAAGACGACAAACUGCGGCAAAAAGAACUUGAAGCCAAUGGUAAACAUAGACCUAGAGGAAAGUUUUUUAAAAUAUUAGGUUACGUAUGGAGACACACAUUUGCCCGACUGGGAGAAGACUGGGUGUUUCUGGCGCUGCUCGGUAUCAUCAUGGCUGUUCUCAACUUUGCCAUGGACAGAGGCAUCGCUGUUUGUCAAAAUGCGCGUAUGUGGAUGUACAACGAUCUAGCGACAUCAACGUUCAGUCAAUACGUAGCGUGGGUGUCGCUGCCAAUAUGUCUGAUACUCUUCGCUGCUGGAUUCGUACAUAUAGUCGCCGCACAGAGCAUAGGUUCUGGUAUUCCCGAAAUGAAAACGAUAUUACGAGGUGUUCAUCUCAAAGAGUAUUUAACUUACAGAGCUUUGAUUUCGAAGAUCAUCGGUCUAACUGCAACGCUAGGAUCUGGUUUGCCGCUGGGUAAAGAAGGUCCUUCAGUCCAUAUAGCGUCAAUGGUAGCAACUCUCCUUUCGAAAUUAGUGACGACCUUCCAAGGAAUCUACGAGAAUGAAUCCAGGACUACUGAGAUGUUGGCGGCAGCUUGCGCUGUGGGUGUUGCUUCGUGUUUCGCAGCGCCUGUUGGAGGUGUGCUUUUCUCAAUCGAAGUAACCUCAACAUAUUUCGCGGUGCGUAACUACUGGCGAGGUUUCUUUGCUGCCUGCUGCAGUGCUAUUAUGUUCCGUUUAUUAUCAGUGUGGUCGGGUGCUAUGCCCACGGUCAAACCUCUUUUCCCCACCAACUUGCCACAAGAUUUUCCUUUCGACCCUCAGGAGUUCGCCGUUUUUGUGUUGCUCGGUGUCGUCUGCGGUCUCCUGGCUGCGUUGUGGGUGUGGAUACAUCGCCAGUAUGUCCUGUUCAUCAGAAACACCAAGACGCUAAGCAACUUCCUGCAGAAGAACCGCUUCAUAUACCCAGGCUUCGUGACUCUGGCGGUUAUGUCGAUCCUCUUCCCUCCCGGUAUUGGCAAGUACAUGGCAGCAGAUCUUGGUAACCAGGAACAGGUGCUGUCCCUAUUCUCAAACUUCACGUGGACCGACGAGCUCACUGCUGAACAAGCUUCAAUCGUAUCUCACUGGCACACGCCGGAGGUCGACCAUUUUGGAUGUCUCAUUAUAUUCUUCUUCUCAAUCUACUUCCUAAGUAUGGUAUCAUGCACAUUGCCGGUGCCGGCGGGUAUCUUCGUACCAGCGUUCAAGAUGGGCGCCUCGCUGGGGAGGUUCACCGGAGAGGUCAUGCACUACUUCUGUCCGCUCGGCGUCGCUUACGGGGGGCAUAUACAGAAGAUCUUACCUGGUGGGUACGCGGUAGUGGGCGCGGCGGCGUUCACGGGCGCGGUCACGCACACCGUCUCCACCAUCGUCAUCGUCAGCGAGAUGACUGGACAGGUGACCCAUCUGCUUCCUAUAAUGGCGGCAGUACUAGCGGCCAACGCAACUGCUUCGCUUCUACAGCCUUCGUGCUUCGACAGCAUCAUUCUUAUCAAGAAGUUGCCAUAUCUACCAGAUCUGCUUUCGUCUGCUAGUCGUAUGUACGACAUUUGUGUGGAGGACUUCAUGGUGCGUGACGUCAAGUACAUCUGGAAUAGGAUGACCUUCCAGCAACUCAAAGACCUGCUCAAGGAAAAUAAGACGAUUAAAAGUUUCCCGUUAGUUGACAGCCCGGCAUCCAUGGUACUGUUAGGUUCAAUCCACAGGUGGGAGCUGGUAAAAGUCAUAGAAAAACAAGUGGGCAGAGACAGAAGACUCCAGAUUGCUGCGUUGUGGCAUAAAGAAGCAGAGAUGAGGAGGAGAGACGAAGAAGCCAAAAAGAGAGUGAGACGACCUUCGAGAUUUGAGGUGACUCCUGCACCAGAUAUGCUCCAGGUACCUGGUACCGGCAUGACGAGAGGAUCUUCGUUAACCACCAAAGAUCAGGGAGGACUUAUACCUGCACCAGGCCAGCUAUUCCGGCCAAAGUCGAUUUUGAAAAAGACAAACUCCUUUACGUUGACACGAGGGCUGUCUUCAGGAGGAUCGACCCCUCAAACACCAAUGAUGCCUCAACCUUCGGUGUAUACCACGGUGACUGGCGCUGAGACGAGAAUCCGUGCCGCAUUUGAAGCGAUUUUCAAACGUUCUUCAUUACUGCAAGAUGUUGAGGGUGGUCUACCAGAUCAGCUCAGUCCAUCUUCGUUGCCAAGAAGUCCAUCUAUCAAUAAGAAAGUUCAACUGCCCCGUGAGCGUGUAUGCGACAUGUCACCCGAAGACCAGAAGGCGUGGGAACUACUGGAAAUGGCCAAGGAGAUUGAUUUUGACAGGAUGCUUCAGAUUGCUAGAAAAAGGGAUAUGCAUCCUGAUGAUCCAGAAUAUGAGGAUGAGAACCUGUACAUCUGCCAUAUUGACCCUGCACCAUUCCAGCUGGUUGAGAGAACUUCAUUACUCAAGGUCCACUCGCUAUUCUCUACACUGGGGGUAAGCAGAGCGUACGUGACCGCCAUCGGUAGACUAAUUGGUGUCGUCUCACUUAAAGAGCUCCGCAAGGCGAUCGAAGAUGUGAACUCUGGCGCUCUAACACUGGCUACCAGACCCGAACCCCCAACCACACCGUCAUCCCCCAUCAUCAUCAAGGUCAUCACCACUGAACCGGCACCACCUUCUGACAGUGAAACUGCUAAACUCACCAGCAAUGAAAAAGAAAAAUGA